UCAGGAGGAUAUCUCGUGUCUCCGCCGUCCCUGUGGCUCUUUGCAGAAGGGCACGAAGAGGCCGAAACAAGGGUGCCCGCUGUAAGCAACGAACUCAGCACUUCAUCCUUCAAACAUGCUGUCCAGACUCGUCAUUGUCUCAGCCAGCGCCCUGAAAGGCAGUGGCCCCCUUGGAGCUGGUCUGGUCCAGGCGUCUCGCUCCCUGCACACAACGUCCCAGAGUCUGGCCCCAGUGCCCCCUCUGCCAGAGAAGGGAGGCAAAGUCCGUCAUGGACUCUUCCCAGAGGAGCUUUUCCAGCUCCUGUACCCCAAAACUGGAGUCACAGGACCCUACAUGCUGGGCACUGGCCUCCUUGUCUACCUGCUUUCCAAGGAACUCUACGUCAUCAACCAUGAGACCUUUGCUGCCGCUUCAAUAGGCACCAUCAUCGUCGUGGGUGUCAAGAAAUUUGGUCCAAGUGUUGCAGCUUUUGCUGACAAACUGAACGAGGAAAAAAUGGCCAAGGCUCAGGAGGUGAAGGACCAGGCCGUAUCAGUGUUGACUCAGGCUAUUGAGGACGAGAAGAAGGAACAGUGGAGAGUAGAGGGAAGAUCAAUGCUCUUCGACGCUAAGAGGAACAAUGUGGCCAUGCUGCUGGAGACCAACUACAGAGAGAGGCUACACAUGGUGAACACUGAGGUGAAGAGGCGCUUGGACUACCAGAUCGCCCUGCAGAACCUCCACCGCCGGAUGGAGCAGGAGCACUUGGUCAGCUGGGUGGAGAAGAGUGUCGUCAGCAGCAUCACUCCUCAGCAGGAGAAAGAGAGCAUCGCCAAGUGCAUCACAGACCUGAAGGUCCUGGCGAAGGCCAGCCAGGCUCAAGCUAGAGCCUAAACUGUCGAGUCUUCAGAGAAGACUUCUCUAACCCCCAACUCAUUGUCCCAAGACGAGACAUUCACUUUUUCUUUACAGAAUAAACAAUUUCCUCUUUAAAGAUGGUCUCUGUCAAUAUUAUGGGUGUGUACAGUAUUUACACGUCGGAUGGUAAAAUAAAUGGUUCUCUUAUUCAUCUUAAA